GCGUGCUGAAGUCUGGUCACGAGGGCGGUGCAUUAUGGGAGUGCUUCAUCUGGCUGUCCAUCUAGUCUGCUGUGGCCCUGCCCUAAUACGGAAGCUGGCAAGGUCCCAUGAGCGAGAUUCCGGGAGGAGUGCACAUGCGUAUUCCAGCUCUGGGCUGCGACUCCUCCAUGCUAGGGAAGCUUGCAUAGUCGGUGGAAGAAGGAGGGCAGAAAUGCCCACCGGCCUGUCAUUCGUGGGGUGAGAAUCGCAGUGCGCACGCGCAACCCAGUUGGCUUUUCCCCUUCCCCCUCUUCACUAUAAAUUCCGGGGCCUCAGCUUUACUGGAAGGAGAAGUUGGUGUAGGAUCUCCCCCCAAGGAAGGGAAUCCAACCCAGGAGAGUAUCCCUGCUCUGCAACCUUUCAUCCAGCUCCAGGGCAGUAGUGAAGCCAUUUCCUUCUCCCAGCUGGGCAGAAAGGACGUGAGUGACGUCAGAGCAAUGAGAAAACACAAAGGAUGGUCAAGCAUGGGAGACGUGGUCUUGACACGGCAGGAGAAGGAUAUAGCUCUUGCCCCAGUUAGCAACAUAGAAGAGAAGGAAGGAGGGACUUCUGGAGUCCUAACUGCCAGGUUUCAGGAAUCUUUGACAUUCAAGGAUGUGGCUGUGGAGUUCACCUGGGAAGAGUGGAGACACCUGGAUCCUGCCCAGAGGGCCCUGCACAGGAAUGUGAUGUUGGAGAACUAUGAGAACCUGGUCUCCAUAGGGAUUCCCGUUUCCAAACUAGAUUUGCUCUUCCUGUUUAAGAGAGGAGAUGUACAGAAUGAAGAGGGAGAAGCUGGGACAGGCGCUUGUAUAGGUCACUUGUUGAAAAGCAGUUGCUCAAAGGUUACUGAUACAGGUUGUAACCUUUUUGAUGGAGUCCAUCCAUCAUCAUCUAUGUAACAGUUAACAAAGCAAAAAGGAGCAAAAGGCUAUUUAAGUAAUAUGUGACCUUCCAAUGGUGCAAACUCUGGUCACAUCUCAUUUCUGUGGACUGUAAUUGUUGCUCAUGAGAAAACAGAGUUCUGAUGGAUCCAGUGGCAGACCCAGCAUUCAUAGGGAACAAUAGCUUUGCCAUGGAAAAGACUUUGUCCAACUUGUCUAUGGACUUUUAUAAUGCCAUUAUCCCUAGUCCAAUCAUAGGAAGAGGAUACAAAUAAGGACCGUGUAAAAACACAUAGCCAUUAACCCAAACAUAUUAACUGAAGAUAAUAUUAGAUUAAUAUGUAAACUUAAAAGCAAAAUUAAAACUAAAGAAAAAGCAGCAAAUGCACUAUAUGUGACAGGAUGUCACUCAGUGUCAGUAGAGAGUAGCCGUUUUACAUGGAAGGAAUGUAUCCAAGAGUCCUUUUUUCUGAUUUAGGUAGGUGUUGCAGUGGUUAACAUAACUUUAUUUACAACUUGUCUUCUGGGUGUAGAUCUAUAUUUAUGAUUAUGUUACACUGAACAUGCUUAAAAUUUACAACCAGACUCCUUGAGGUCCCUUCCCUUCCUGAGUAUCAUCAUACAUCUUGAUUCCUUUGGCCAUAUCUGUGGCCAUCACUUUGGUCAUUCUGACCAUUUCUCUGUGGUGCUCCACAAUCAUUACAGAUUCCUUGAGGAGUAUUAUGAACUGAGUUAUAAUUUAUCCCAUUAUAAUCAUUGAACCUAUUGGAGGAUCUAUUAUUAUUGUUAUUAGUAUUAUUAUUACCAUUUCUCCAGCUUCUGUUCCUCAUUCUACAACUCAUAGCUUCAUGACCUUCUUUCCCACAAAAAGAACAUGGCAUUGGUUGCUUUAUGGAUUCUUUUAAAGGAGCUGUGACCUCUGUCUGUCUUUCAGCUCUUUCUUUCAUUUGUUUUUAUAAUUCAUAUUUUUCCUUCUUUAAUUUUACCUCUUAUUUAGUUUUUUCCUUUCAUAAUCUCUCCAGUCCCUUUUUUUCAGCUUUCUCUCUGUUUCAUUUUUCACAGCCCUCAAAGACAUGCUGCUGUCCUUUUUAGCUUUUCUAUGUCCAUGAUGGGCCAGUCUGGGCAAUUGUUCUUAAAAUAGUCCUUAAUAUCUCAGGAAUGAUAUUUUCCAAAAUGAAUCCUUAUGAGUCUGGCAUCUAUCCCCCUGGAGACAUCCAUGCCAAGAUACCUAGAACCUAGUUCACCUGUCAUAGAACUGUCAUAAAACCCAUAUGGUCUCUUAUUCUCUCCCUGUCUGAGGUCAUCGAAUUUACUCCAAUUACUUGGCCUGUUAGAGCAAGCUUUCAUUCCCUUUAAUAAUGCAUUUCUAGUCUCACAUAGAUGGAUGUAGUCUUUGACUGAAUUAAAAUUCCAUUUCAGGUUUUCUAGGGGCCAACAUACUGCAUCAUCACUUUGAGACCCAUUCACAAUGGAAAGGAUCAUGUUCCUUUCACCACCCAUUAACCCAUUAAAAUAGAUUGAAGUAAUUUCAUAACAUCUGGUCCCUUCAUGUUUGCCAAAAAUGUAAUAAUUAAAAUUAGGAGACUAGCCAUAAAUUAAUAUUUAUAUUAAUCAAAGAUAGUAGGGGAAAAAGAAAGAUGGAAAAAUAAGAGUGAGAAAUAUAAAGGUACUUUCCUUAUUGCUUCAUUUAGGUGGCUAUUCUAUGGCCUCUUAGAGGGCCCCUAGCCACCCUCACAGGCAGAUCUGGUUAGCAACAAACAUGGAAGAAAAAAGGCCAAAAUUCACCCAUACUGCACUUUAUCAAAUUUAUUCUUCUAUUCAUUAUUUACUAAGUCUCACACGUGACAUCUCCAGGGCUAGUCAUGCUUUCUAAUUUGACUGUGCCUCCCAGUGGUGCUUUGCAGGGGAAGAUUGCCCAGCCACGUGUCUCUUCAUAUUCUUGACUUCAUUGCUGUCUUUUUCCAGCUGCCAUUCUAUCCUCAUCACCUAAUCUACUCCAUGAUUUCCCUCACAUAGUCCUUGCUUCCAGGUCCCAUAGGAGGUACAUGUAGUGGAAAGAGGGAAGGGCAUAUUUCCUUUCACAAUCUCCCCUUUCAUUCUUUGGAAGACCAGCAUGUUAAAUCUCCUCACUUGGGUGUUCUCGGAGAUGUAACAUGACACGUCUCCCCCAAUGAAUCGUUCUACAUAUGGAGCCUAAACAUUUAAAGAUUCUCUUCCUUGAGGUACCUCCAGGAAUGCAGGGUCUUGGGCAGGACCCUAGGAGAGAGCUUUAAUGAUCUUCACACACCUAAAUGUUCAACCUUCCCAGAAGUUUGGAAAGAAUUUGAUGUGCAGUUGAGUAACAGAAAGGAUAUGGUGCCCAUAGUCUGAAGCAGUCAGGGAUUAAUCUAAUCACUGCAUGAACCCCCAAAACAUAUAGUCUACCAUAAUGCUUGGAAUCACCGCAGAAAGAAAUUCGUUAAAGUUGAAAGAAGCACAUGGUUUUCCCAGAGGAAAAAUAGCUUCCCAACGAAACUAGCCAACUCUUUACUGUUUGAGGUGCCAUUCACACAAUUUUAGCUCACAUCUCUUUGGUCAGUGUGGGCACCUCCAAGGGGUUCCCACUAAAUGGGAAAAGCUGCAAGAGGACUAAGAGUGAAGCAGGCUAUGCUCUUCCUUCCAAAAUGGUGAUGGAGUCAAGUUUCUGUAUGAGACACAUUUUCGGAUACAGAAAAUGCGAUGCGUUUUUUUUUAAUCUCUUACCUUCUGUCAUAAAACCAAUAAAUCAGAAGAGUGGGAAUUUUUGGCGAUGGGGUUGAGUGACUUGCCCAGGGCUUACAAAGCUAGGAAGUGUUUGGAGGUGAGAUUUGAACUCAGGGUCUCCCAUCUCUAGACCUGGCUCUUUAUCCACUGAACCACCCAGAUGCCCCGUAAUAUCGUUCAAUUUUUAAAUGCUAUUUAUUUUAAGGAAUCUUUUUUUAUUUUGGUGAUCAGUGUCAUUUAAGGAUAAAUUUUUUAAAAAGAAAUAAGUAAUGACUAUUCCAACAAAGUAAAUUCCUUAUGGCUCUGGUCAAUAGAAUAAAAUAGUGUUGGCAUUCAUCUCAGUUACUGUAACAGAAAAGAUGCGAUUGAACAUGAUCCCUUAGAAAAUUAUAGUAUGCGGGGCAGCUGGGUGGCUUAGUGGAUUGAGAGCCAGGCCAGGAGGCAGGAGGUCCUAGGUUCAAAUCUGGCCUCAGACACUUCCUAGCUGUGUGGCCCUGGGCAAGUUACUUGACCCCCAUUGUCUAGCCUUUACUGCUCUUCUGCCUUGGAACCAAUACACAGUAUUGAUUCCAAGAUGGAAGGUAAGUGUUUAAAGGGGAAAAAAAGAAUAAAGAAAAAAGAAAAUUAUAUUAUGCUUACAGAUGAUACAUCAUGAAAUAAUAUAAAUCUUCUGUAUGUAUGCACCAAGUAGUAUAAUUAUCUGUGAAGAGAGGACUGAGAGUACAGACGGUCAAAGUGAAAAAGAAAGACUGAAUGUAGAGACAACAUUACGGAGUUUGAGUUCUAGUCUCAGCUUUUAGGAUUUUGUUCAAAUCACUCAGACACUCUGAGCUCAUGGCCUGAGCUGUGAAUGCAAUGAGAAUGCUUCCCCUGCCUGUGCUCCAAGUUUCUUGUCAGGAUCUAAUAUGAAUAUGAGUAAAAGUCUUUAUCAGUGAAGUCUUCCUUUAGUUGUGAGCUAAUGGCAUGUUGGAAUGAUUGAUUCUGCCCAUUUGUGUUUGUAGACUUUUCUCUUUGUCUGGGGAAAUAGAAUGAAAGUCAGUUUUUAUUCUGCCAGUGGAGGAAAGGGGAUGUAUAUGUGUUGAGGUGACUAUGGGUGUGUGUUGUU